CUGCCACGUUCCACUAAACAGAACUCCAUGCACAAAGCCACGUAAAUCUCUGUCUUCUUCCCAGAUCUCUCUCUCUCUGUUUCUGUCUCUGCAGACGCAUAUUCUCCAAUCAAAUGGUGAAACUCGCGACGGCGCGUGAGAUUAGAACGUACGGCCCUCGGCUCGGGAGGAGCAGAGCUGAGUACAUCAACGCAGGUUUAUACCUCUUCGCCACUGUGGUGCUCAUCGGCGGUUUUACGGCGACAGGAUUCUCAUGGGAGCCGAGAUCCGGCCUCGUCCUUAUACUCUUGGCCCUCGCUAUUAUAACCGCGGUGAAUGUUCACGAUCUCGUGGCCCAUCUCGCCGGAAUUGAUUACCGGUUAAGGUUAAUGGAGUAUGAUUUGCAACUGGGGCUAGUGGAGUUUGCAGUCCCUCUGGUUCAGAUAGCGGGUUCAGUCGUUUUUUUCUUGGGAAUCUUUUUCGUUUUCAAUCAGGCGGAGAAGAAACUAGCCUUCAAUGGAAGAGAGAAGCACGCGCUAAACAUGCUUAUAGCGGGGCCGUUGCUUUGGGUAAUAGGAUCGAUUCACAACGCAUGCCAAAUCUAUGAGAGAGCAGAUAGUCAUGUCCAGAUUCUACAGCAGUGUGUUCACAUCCCUUUCUUGGUUGGAUCCCUUCUAUUCUUGGUUUCCGCACUUCUCAAUAGCCUCAACGAAUCUGAGUCAUCUCAUAGUGGCUUGAAGCUUCUUGGGAAGAGAUGGAUUUGGCUUGGAAUCUCUGGGGCGAUAUGUUUGUUUGUGGGAGGAUUGAUGAACGUGGUUAAGGUUUUUAACUUCGUUCAGAUCAGUGGGAUCCGCCUUGAGAAACUACGCGGCGGAGCACAGGACCGGCUUCUUGAAGGGAGAGAAGGAUACCUUCCUCUUGUUGCUGAAGAAGAAAGAAUAAGGAAAAUGGAAGCUGACGAAGCUUCUGAUAGAGCCAAACCCCGGGCCCACUUAGCGUCCAAGGCGGGAACGGAAGCUGUGGAGACCGUGGUGGGAUCUUCUCCCACACCGUACAAGGAUGUUCUCAUUGGACAGGGGAUGUGAAAGAUUAGUCACGUUUAAAUGUUGUUUUGUACUACAUAUCUUUACCACAUCCCUUCUUCUUCUUUUUUUUUUUUUAUAUAUAUCUAGAGAGAGCACAGAUUUUGCCGUUAAACGGAUGCUGUGAUUCGUUUCCUUUUUGGAUCAGGCUUUAUGAAUAUUGAAAUGGUUUGAAAAUGCAUCAAGACUUCAAAUUUUUAGAAUCAGAGAAGUGUGAAAUGAGACAUUUUAGAAAAAAAUCAUUAAAGCAGAAAAUCAAGAAUAUCAACAAAGAAAGAGUAUGUAUAACAAAUCAGCAUGUACCAUGUCCAAGUUAAUUUGGUUACAAGAUAAAACAAAAAAGCCUAACCAAAAGCUCAACUUGAUUAUUUAGACCCGUCAUAAAGCCAAAUCUUUAUUUGAUUACUAAAUGUAACUGAUUUGAGUAGUCCUUUUUUUUGUGUCUCCGAAGAGAGAGUCUUGGAUUUAGAACGAUCGAUCAAAAGUCAGUCGCUGGCCGCCGUGACCAUAUAGCUUCGACGAUACGCAGCUGCGUUUGUCGGAAUCAACAUCUCUUUAAAUCCUUCAUCCACCAAAUGUGCACCCAACAUUUUCAAAGCCAACUGCAAAAAGUCUGACGCUAUGCCAAAAGCGACGGGGAGAAGGAAAGGGAGAGAGCAAGUAUCCCAUGGAGGUGAGGGUGAUGCCGACAAGAUGAAGGACUAGCGAAAGGGGACGAGGGUUCAUGCCUCCAAGAAUAGCCAUUAUUCCUGAUGUUCGGAAACCACCACUGCUUAGGUAAUUAAAGCAGCCUUGUCGCAUUCCCUCUCUUGCUUCGUCCGUUGUUGCGAUCAGCGCUCGUGAAAACACAUUCGCCAGCGUGUUCACUGUCGCUGACAUUGG